GCAGGCAGAGAAUGAAUGUGUACGGCUAGCCGGCUGGUAGCUUCGGCAAUGUUGUUGUCACUAUCAGAAUGAUAUCGCAGCGGGACAGAGGAGAACUUGCUCGGUUUUAUACUGUCACAGACCCCAAAAAGCACCAGAAAGGCUACACUGUGUACAAAGUCACCGCGAGGAUAAUCUCCAGGAAGAGCCCAGAGGAUGUCCAAGAGAUAACAGUAUGGAAGAGAUAUAGUGAUUUCCGGAAGCUACAUCAGAAUCUCUGGCAGCUGCACAAGAAUGUAUGUAGCCAGUCGGAGCUGUUUCCUCCCUUUGCUAAGGCCAAAGUCUUUGGUCGUUUUGAUGACUCAGUGAUUGAGGAAAGAAGACAGUGCUCUGAGGAUCUCCUACAGUUCUCUGCUAAUAUCCCUGCUCUUUACAGUAGUCAGCACAUCCAAGAUUUCUUCAAGGGAGGAGAGGUCCACGACGGCUCGGAGCUCAUCGGACCAGCCGAGCCGUUUUCUGACUUCUUGGCUGACAGUUUGUCAGACUGCAGCUCUGAUGUUCAAAGAGACAUCAGUGGGGCGGAUGAUCUGACGAUCACAUCUGAGUAUGGAGGCCCGUCCAGUGACAGCGACCUGACCUCCCUGGCGGUGGAUACGGACUCUCUGGCCGAGUUGGAUGAUGGCAUGGCCUCAGGUCGCACCUCCCCAAACCAGCCACAAGGGGGAGCCACCAACAUUAGUAGUAGCUGCAGCCCACGCUUGCCCUCCCUGCAUGAACGCCGCACUCCAUCUCCUGCCCCGGUCCCUGCCUCCUCAGCCCCUAACCCAGAGGUCAGCUGGCCAGGCCGAACGCCGCUCUUCUCCGGCGGUCUGAAGAAAGUCGGCGGCGGCGGCGGCGGCGGCGGCAACCCGAAGGACGUGAAGUCAGACUACCUAGACAAAGCCAGUGAGCUCAUCUGUGUCGCCGUACAGAAGGAGAAAGAACAGGACUACCAGGCAGCGUUUUCAUACUACCGCAGUGGGGUUGACUUGCUGCUGCAAGGAGUGCAAGGGGAGCCCAGCGCCACGCGACGAGAGGCGGUGAAGAAGAAGACUGCUGAGUAUCUGAUGCGCGCAGAACAGAUAUCCAGUCAGCAUCUGAAAAGCAACAUGGGUCAAGGGUCAACGCAGACGGUGGCCUUUGGGGCUCAGUGCUGCGCUUCCACGAGCAGAGGAGGGCAGCAGAGUCCGUCUGAGGAGCUGAGAGCUUACAGGGUGUUAGGAGUCAUUGAUAAGGUUCUUCUGGUCAUGGACAAGAGAACACAGGAGACGUUCAUCCUGAAAGGCCUGAGGAAGAGCAGCGACUGUGGGCGGGCCAAGAGGACCAUCAUGCCUCACACUGUGCCCCACAUGGUGCAGCUGAGGAAGUUCAUCGUCUCCGAGGACGCCGUCUUCCUUCUGCUGCAGUACGCUGAAGGAGGGAAACUGUGGUCUCACGUUGGAAAGUACCUGCGUAACUCCAGCCCAGACGAGAGCUUCGACAUUCCUUUCAUCCAGAAGAGCCACACGACGGCCGUGCACUCUCCACAACAUUUAAUCCCACACCUAGACGUAGGUUCGGCCAGUUGCGAUUCAGGACCUGCUGCUGAUUCGGAAUCUGCAUCGGAGUUGCCAAAGGAAGAACACAAUCCCACCGUGUCUCCUCUUAAAAAGGCUCUGCCUCCCAGGCUUGUCGAACAAACCGGGGCCCAGUCGGAUUCUGGAGCCACCUCUGAGGAAGAGUGCACCAACAGUUACUUGACGCUUUGCAACGAGUACGAACAAGAUAAAGUCGAACCGGAUGCACUGGAGGAGGAGGACGAGAGGAGUGAACAGGAGAUGCUCUCACUGGAGGUUCCCAACGCCACGACCACCACGUCCUCACGCAGCCGCUCCCUCCUGAGCAACGACAGCCUCUCGUCCCCCAUCAGUUCUCAGGAGCUUGGCUUCUUCAGUGAGUUGUCUGACAAAAGUGGCUACGCUCACGACAAUGAUCGUGGCGAAGGACAGGAUCACAGUGAAGUCUUCAGCCCUUUACGUUCCCCUGCUGUGCCUAUGUCUUUGGAUCAGUCCAAGCACACACCCAUGGAGUUUUUUCGAAUUGACAGCAAAGACAGUGCCAGCGAGGUGACCUGCCUCGACUUAGGAGAGCGGCGCUCUUCUAACACGCAGGUUCCCCUUUUUUCUACGUCCGACCUGGGCUCCGAUGUUACUGAGGAUCUUCCAGAGCUGGCUCAGGAGGUCAAAGGCCCCGGCUUGGAGCUUUGGGGGUUGGACUGUAGUGAUAAAGGCUCCAACGAGUCAGUGCCAGUCAUCUCAUUUAAAGAAGCAGUAGUGGAGGAUGAAGGUCACCCCCCAGACCUUUUGGUCAACCUUCCUGUGAUGAGUGGGACUGUAGACUCUUUACAGGAGGAAUUAGAGACUUCAGGAGUGUGUCUGGGCCUCGAGGUCACGGCCUCUCCUCAAAAGUUUAUACAGCCUGAUGUUUUACAGCUUCACAGCCAGCCUGAGGGAGAGGAGGAGGAGCAGCCGCAGGAGCAGGAGCAGGAGCAGGAGCUUUCCUCUUUAUGUAUAGCCUCUGCAACUUGCGACACCAGUGCUGCAUCUACGUCUCCUUUCAAUUCACUGUGGGACGACUACAACCUGGCGUUUGGACAAGAGGCCUCUGACAAAAUGUUUGAUCACCCCGAAUGCCAAAAUAAUGACCUCCCUCUUGAUGCGGGCAUCCCAGAUAGUGAAUCCCAUAGUGAGAAACUAGAGCCCAAAACAAGCGAAAACACAGACUUGGUUCCAAACCUCAGCGGCAACAGCACAGGCUCCAUCCCAGCCAUAAAUGGGGCUGAGGCCAGUGCAGUGGUUCAGAGUUUAUUAGGUCUUGAUGGUGAAUCAUCAAGAGUUAUUAGUGAUACAGGUGGCAGUGAAUUUGAUAAAGAAGUGUCGCGGCUGUUUGCAGAGCUGGACGAGCUGUCGCUGGCUGCAUCCCAAGCUCGUAUCCCGGAAGAGUUUGUGCGAUGCUGGGCGGUGGAGAUGGUGACAGCCCUGGAUUCUCUGCACCAAGAAGGCAUCAUCUGCCGGGACCUAAACCCUAAUAACAUCCUGCUCGACCACAAAGGCCACGUUCAGCUCACCUACUUCUGCAGCUGGUGUGACGUGGAGGAGUCCUGUGACAAGGAGGCCAUCGCCAAUAUGUACUGUGCGCCAGAGGUGGGAGGUAUCAGCGAGGAGACGGCAUCGUGCGAUUGGUGGAGUUUGGGCGCCAUCCUGUUUGAGCUCCUGACGGGCAUGUCUCUGCUGCGCUGCCAUCCAGCAGGAAUCGGUCGCCACACAGCUCUCAACAUCCCCGAGUCGGUUUCAGAGGAGGCCAGAUCUCUGCUGGAGCAGUUGCUCCAGUACAACCCAAUGGAGAGACUGGGGGCAGGAGUGGGGGGCGUGGACGAUAUCAAAUCCCACCCUUUCUUUGCCAGAGUGGACUGGCCCAAAUAGACGCUGUGCGUUGUGGAACUGUGGAAACCAGAACUGCAUGCUGGGAAACCGGCUGUCCUGAACAAACUCCCGUCUGACUGGACACACAAACAGAUACACAGUAAAUCCAGAUUAUGCAUUUCUGCACAGAUCUCCCAUUUUACAUGCAAACCCCACGAACCCGUCAGGUUUAUGGUUUUGUUUUGUUUUUAUUAAUAGAGUUUACCAAGCAGCAGUAUUCCCUUCUUUGUACAGUUCUCAUUUCUUUAUCUCAUUAACUGUGCAACGUUUUUGGUGCAGGGAACACUUGACACGUGUGUGGUGCAAUAAUUUAUACGAUAGGUGUGUGUUCUGAGUGAUGACCCACUACAGCUGUGUUGCUUUCACACUCCUCAUGCAUUAGCUAGACGCCAAAAUGUACUGACCGGGAGUGAGAGGUGACAUUUCUGUUCUCACUGCGUUGCUUUGGUUCUGUCAGACUGACACAGACUCAAGUCCUAAAGACCCGUGUGCAAUACACUCAGUUUGUUUUCCACACUCGGAUCAUUCCUCAUGGAGCCCACUGAGAUUAGCUGGCAUGAGGCAAGUUGAGUUUUUAAUUUGAUGCUCUGACCAAGAAACUGACGUAAUUUCUUACGACAUCAAACCUUUUGUGUCGAUCCCUUUUGUUGCCAAUGAGCCUACGAUCAAUAACACGGACGGACUCUAUGCAAGGUGAAGAUAUUUAGAGGUGUGUGUGUUGUUCAGUGAAGAAUUUAGUCAUCCUAAGUUAUUUAAUAGAUUAUAGCUAGAAAGGGGGCCAGUUGAAGACACACAGCCGCAGCUAUGUGUGGUGUUUUUCAUUUAAGAAAAAAAAGACGAGGCGCGCCAUUUGAAACCAGCCCUUUUUCAGAGUCCAAUAGUUUCUAUGAAUAUCAGAGGGAACUCUCUGUAUUGUACAACACUGCAUUUUGUGCAUGUAGGACUAUGAGUCGUGUAAUAUAUUUAAUACUAUGAAAAAUCUAUCAGACAAUAAAUGUGUAUCAUGUACAUAAACCUUUUCAAAGAUGCUGCGCUGAGCGAAAGGUUCAACCAGGUGUCGUCCGACUCGUCGAUCACGUCCUGCCACGUCAGUCAAAUCCUUUUUACUCCACUGUUUGUGUUUCGAGCAACACAUCAACUGAUCGUAAUACUAAUUUUAUAAUCGCUACAAUAACUGGUUUACAUUUUUAUCGGUACAUUUCAUGCCAUAUAUCACUUUGAGGCUUUUGAGCGUCGCCGGAGCAUAUUUAACACGUCUGUGUAACCUCCACUCAGAUAAUCACUCCUCUGUAGAUGCUGCACUCUGUUUCUUCUCCGCAUCACGGUAACAUACAUGUUCACUAAAAGAUACUGUAAAUGACCAGCUUCAUGUUCCACCUAUUAACCCCUUUUAUCAGGCAUAAACAUUACUGUGACAGCAGAUUGUUUUUCUGAUUUCUAUUAAUGCUCACUCGUGUGUCAUGUCAGUGCACUCUGGAAAACAAUAAACAUGCCUGGAUGAGUACAUGAA